AUGGACUAUUCUCGGCGCUUACACCAGUCGUCUUAUCCGCCCCGUCCAUCGCCCCUGGGGGCUUCUCACGACUCUCGCACCGAUCCAACGAGGCCAUAUGGUGCGUCUCUCGUCGGCCAUGAACCGCGCAGUCGACCUGAAGCCGACAAGGCUCAUUUCACGACCCGCUAUGGGUACCUGUCGCCCAAUUCUACCUCCACCAUCUCCCCUGCCUCUGUGCGCGCCCAUCAGUGGGGGACCUCGCGUGCGCCGCAUUCUUCUUUCCGGGGCCCAACUGCCAGCGCAUCCCAUUCGCCGCCCCGGAGCCAAUAUGCGCCCCAGCACCGUCGCCAUGGGAGUUUGGAAAUGAGACACCAUUCACACUCGCAUCGCAGAAACCACUCGCAACCACAUCCUGACCGAGAAAAUGUCGGGCUCUUGGGUUCCUUGCGCGACAUGAACCAUACCUCCCAACACGACCCGGCGCGUCGUACGUCAGGAAGUCCUGUGUUUCCUGCACCCCACGAACACUCCGCACCUCCUUCGUUUGGGAACCGCCAAAUGCCGCCGCCAUCCCCUCCACGCUCGUACUCGUUGCGGGCGCAAUCCGCAAACGCGCCUGCAGCAGCGCCAUCACGCGAUGUGUCCAGUGGCCAGGCUCACCGUCCGGGAACUAGCAUGUCGAUCUCCGCCAUGCUAGGUUCAGAUCCGGAACGGCCAGCGCGAGAGUCAGGUUCGUCCUUUUUCACGCGUCCCUCGGCAUCCUCGACUUUUGGGAAUGCGCCUCCGUCGACCACACCUGCCGCAAUGUCACCGCCGACAGCCCCGACACGACCCUCCCCACUAGAACACUCCCUCUUCCGCCGAUCACAUACCCCGGAAAAGUCGUUUUCUAGGCCCCAGAUGGGUCGGCCCUAUCGAUCUGGGUCGGGUGGAGGGUCGAGUCUGGCAGGAGGAGAGCCCUCCAAGUUUGGGGGCCUGUCGCGCGCGUCGGCCUCGCAUUUUCCGGACAAACCGCAUUCUACGCAUCCCUCGCCCCAUAUCUCGUCUGCAGAGCUGCCGUAUACUGAACCACGACGCACGAGUCUUAGUGGGCCCAUUGCUCGUCCGAGCAGCCAGCCGCCCCAUGCCGAAGCCCUGACACGACCACCUGGCUACAGUCCUCUUUCCCAACCGACCGGGGCACCAGAUCGAUCGUUCGAGGCAGGCCCGCGGUCGGCAUCUUCUUCAUACAUGGGUCUGGAUUCGCAUCACGGCCGCUUUGGUAAUAUCUUUGGAGAUCGACGUUCAGAGGACCCGGCGCAUCGUGACCGGGAUCGCUCAUCCGACAUCAAGGCCCCGCGCUAUGGUGCACACUAUGGAGAACGAGACCCGCUCGAGCGACACUCGAGUGCCUCGACAUGGGAGCACGGCCGCUCCUACCCGCCAUCACCCGAGAGCAAACGCUUCCCAGCACCGGAGUCUGGGUCCGGGUUUGGCUUCGGGGCGAUUCAAAGCUAUACAAAAUCAUUGGGAUCUCAACCUGGUGGUGGCCGGCAACCACCAUCUCUACAAUCUCGGCACAGUCAGCCUACGUUGCCUCACGAAGCAUCCUAUCUCGGCAAACCUCAAACUCACCCUCGUCUCGGCUCCACCCCAGCGACGAGCCUUGGGGCAGGGCCAACUUCGUUCGGCCUUGUCUCUGCAACCGAUGAUGGGCGGCGCAAAGGAAGUGAUGAGCUUCUUCAGCAUCGGAAUCUGUUGGCCGUCGGCGCAGAGGGCAAACGUGGUGGCCGUGCGUCGCCGAUUCCGCAGGCAGUCCAGGGCGCGCAGGCUCCAUUCAUUGGGCCGACGGGUGAAUCUGGUAUCAAGAAUGAACUGGGCCGAGUGUUUUCGGGAAUUGGGAGCGGCGUUGGUGGUGUGACGGCAUCCUCGGCCGGCAGCGGACCGCCUACGCCAUUAAAUGCUAGCCCAUUCAAGCGUGAUAGCUUCACUGGUCGCUCUCUGAAUGGGGAGACGAUGGAUGAGGCCAGGAUUCCUCGGCCGACUUCUGCCGCUGGUGGACGGCGAUCGAGAAAAUCCCGGGAUGAGGAGGCCCAACUGGAGCUUGAAGCCGCAGACCUUCGAGCAGGGUUAUCAGGACGAGGAACCCGGCGCGCUCGGCAUGCCCAUCACCACCAUCACCACCACCACCAUCAUCGCCACAAAGCGGAAGAAGAAGCUGCUGCUCUCAGCGCCUUGCAUCGUCCCGUCUCUACGAACUUCUUCCAUCAAACCUCUACCCCAGCUGAGGCUGGACACCAUCAUCACCACCAUCACCAUCACCACCAUCAUGCCCCGCGACCAGCUGCCAUGGCAGUCGCCUCUCCCAUGCGGGAGCCGCGAACUACGGUGAAUCUCGAUCCAAUUCUCUCCAGUGUGGCCCACCUGCCACGACAUCACCUUGGAUCGACGCUAUACACCCCCCGCAUUGACGUCCCCACGGGCAAGGCCUCAUUGGAGAGUGCCAAGUUUGGAUACACCAGCACCCCGCAGCCUCUCCCACACUUGGAACGGCGGGAGAACUGCACGUUCACAGUCCGUGUGCCACGGUUCCGCAUCACCCCCAACCGGCGCGAAGAAAUCUGCGUGCGGCGAGCCCUCUGGGGCACUGGUGUGUACACGGACGACUCGGACCCGGUUGCUGCAGCCAUUCACUCCGGGUUUAUUCGCGGAUCCUGGGGCGAAGAGGUCGAUGAAUCCAUGUUGGAUCUGGAGAUCAAAGACACCUAUCAGCACGCCCCGCCACCCAGCACAGACGCUUCCAAGUCCGAAGGGCCCCGCCUGCCGCCCGUCCCUCUGCCCGACCAGGACUUGCACAUCACUCUUUUGGUAUUGCCGCGCCUGGAGCGGUACGAUUCCACCGUGAUGUUUGGCCUGCGGUCCCGGAAGUUUGAUGGGCGCCACGAUGGCAUGAGCUUCAAAGUGCAGCGCGUGGACUGGGUGGACGAAGGGGUCGGCCGUGGCGAAGAGCGCAGCGGCCAGGCUCGCCGUAAACGUCUGCGCACGUUGAUGCAGACGGGGCGGAUCUGCACGGGCGCCGCGAUGGCCAAAACGGACGAGCUACGGCGCAACGGGGUGCAGGUUCCCCGGACGAUCAACGGCCCCAACCAGCCAGCGGCCGUGCAACCGGUGUCAUAG